AUGGGAGAUGCAGAGAAUGGAAAGCAGUUAUUUGUGAAAAUGUGUGCUGUCUGUCAUCCUAUUAGUAAAGAUGGAAAGCACAAAGUAGGUCCGAAUCUUCAGGGAAUAAUGGGCAGAACCGCUGGCACUGCUACUGGAUUCAACUACACCGAGUCGAUGAGAACCAAAGGCAUUGUAUGGGACGAGAAGAAUUUAAAUGAAUAUUUAGAGUUCCCUAGGCAAUUCAUUCCAGGCACAAGAAUGGUAUUCAAUGGAAUUAAGAAAGCGAAGGACCGCAGUGAUUUAAUAGCUUACUUAGCAACGUUGAAAUAA